AUGUCAGGCCCAAUACCUCGCAAGAAGGCCCACUUUCAAGUCAUGUCUGACCUACAUCUGGAACUCUCAAACCAAUAUAGCACAUUUUCUAUCCCUCCUGCAGCUCCGUUCCUUAUCCUUGCUGGAGAUAUUGGACAACUGGCCAAUUACGAGCCAUUCCUUGUGUUCCUUCGUGCACAAUGUCGUCAGUUUUCCCGUGUUUUCCUGGUCCUUGGCAACCAUGAAUUCUACGGGCUGUCACGAGACGAAGGGCUUCGGCGGGCAGCGUCUUUGGAGCAGGAGCCUAAUCUUGUCGGCAAACUCACGGUGCUAAACCGAACUCGAGUAUCGCUGGAGGAAUACGGCAUCACGAUUCUUGGCUGCACGCUGCAUUCUUUGAUACCUCCUGAAGCAGAGGAGGUUGUGAGAGGCAGGGUGAAGGACUUCCAGAGAAUUGAAAAUUGGACAAUAGCCAGCCAUAAUAAGGAACAUUCUCUCGACGUGGCUUGGCUAGAAAACCAGAUCAAACUUAUUCGAGAUGAUAAAAAUACUUCGGAGCAUAAGAUUUUGGUCGUUACCCAUCACGCUCCGUCAGUACGAGAAUCAAGCAGUCCACUUCAUAGUGGAAACCCAUGGGGGUCUGCUUUUGCAACCGAUCUUCUUGGGAAUGAGGACAAACCAGCUCUCUCAGACGUGCAGUGGUGGAUAUUUGGGCACACUCAUUUCUGCACCGAGUUCUCAAAAGCCAACGUGAGGGUUGUUAGCAACCAACGAGGUUAUGUUAUGCCUGAAAUCGCCGAGAAACAAGUGCCAACGCCAUUCCUCCAGUCACUUGUUCAGAAAACGAAAUCUCUCUCAACUAACAGGCAAUCCACAUUCCAGGUCAAGAAAGUCAUCAGAAUUUGA